AUUGGAUCCAGAAGUCUAAAUCUCUACCCGGAUCUUCCUACUUUCAAGCAUAAGGCAGCUAGGGACUCACAUUUCCCUCUGCUUCAAUCUGUGAAGGACAUUGGUGGUUACGCCAGAAAAAGUGGACAUAGCACCUGAACGCACCAGACCCUGCCGGAGCCUGCCAAUCCAGUUACAAUGAUGGAAGAGGAAACAGGUCCCAGUGUGGAAGAUGAUUUUGAAGCACCUGAGGCAACACAUACAGGACCUAAAGGGGUGAUCAAUGACUGGAGAAAAUUUAAAUUAGAGAGUGAAGAUAGAGACACCCUACCUUUGAGCAAGAAAGAGAUCCUUAUCAGGCAAAUGUCCUCACCUCAUCGCUCUUACAGCAAAAAUGAUAUCAGAGACAGACUGAUUCGAAAGAUGAGCAUGCAGGAGUACGAACUAGUUAACGGUGAAAAAGAAGAUGAAACUUGUCUACGGAAAUAUCGGAAGCGUUGUAUGCAGGACAUGCACCAGAGGUUGAGCUUUGGGCCUAAAUAUGGCUACCUUUUCGAGCUGCAAAGUGGGGAGCAGUUCUUGGAGACCAUUGAGAAAGAGAGAAAAACCAUUACCAUCAUUGUCCACAUUUAUGAAGAUGGUAUCAAGGGCUGUGAGUUACUCAACAGCAGUUUGGCCUGUCUUGCUGCCGAAUACUUCAUGGUGAGAUUCUGCAAGAUCAAGGCCUCUAAUACAGGGGCUGGAGACCGUUUCUCUGCUGAUAUUCUCCCAACACUUCUUGUCUACAGAGGUGGGGAGCUUGUAAGCAAUUUCAUAAAUGUAGCUGAACAUUUCAACGAGGAGUUUUUUGCAGUGGAUGUGGAAAUGUUCUUAAAGGAGUAUGGGUUGCUACCUCAAAAGGAAUUUGGGACUGGCAACAUUGAGGAGAAAGAGUUUGAAUAGUUGAUGAAAUAUCAAAUUCUUUGAUAUUUCAUGCCCCACCCCAGUAUAUACUGCAGCUGGAGUUCAGCAGGGCCUUUGUUCAUUUAGCAAAUGCUGACUGUUCUUAUGCACUGUAUACAUAUAUAGAAGCAACAGUAUGAGGCUGAGUACUUCAGCUGUAUACAAACACACACACAUAUACCAUAAUACCAAAAGUUUUAUAGAAAAAGUACAAUUAUAAAAAUAGUGAGAUGCAGACAAAAAUUGCUGACUUGCUUGCUCAUACAGACACCCUAUUUGAUGUUUUUAAAUGCCAGAUAUAACCUUCAAACCUUUCAGGCCAAGUUCCUUGUGAUUUAAUCUUGAUAAAAGGCUGGGAAACAAGCACAAAACGAUAGGAAGGACUCCAAAACAAGCAGAUGCAAAGUUAGCAGAUGCAGAAUUCCCCAAGGUAGCCUAAGGAUUUGCAAGAUGGAGAGGUUUUCAUAAAUUAACCUGGAUUGACUGGGGCAUACAUGGUUAUCAGUCAUCUGCAGGGAUGGGUGGGUGAAGAAAGAAAUAGCAGCAGGCAGGAUUUAGGAUCCACAAUAAUGAGUUGGCUGGAGUCCAGUAGAUAUGGGAAGUUGUACAGGCUAAGCCUCCAGAGAUGUCUGGGUGGAGCACCACAGCCGUCAACUAGUGGGUGGUCAGGAAGACUCAGAAGAUUUUGACAGGGAGGUGAUUAGGAGUGUGGGGAGGCUAUGAAGCAUUAGGCAGGACAGGGACAAGGAGGCAUCAAAUUAGGAAGACAGACAGAUGCUGUGGAAAGAAAAAACUCUUACAAUGCUGCAAUGUCACUUCCAGGUAGGAAUCUGGAAGUGAUGUUGCUACAUUACACGACACUCUAGGAAUUUCUCUAACCUCUGUAGUUUUUUUAUUGUAGAAUUUCAGAAAAAUCUUAGAGCGUCAUGGACACUGGGCUGGCAACCCUAAACUUAAUUCACUUACCCUCUUUUCAUCAUUGUACAUGAAGCUGAGUAUCGUCCACACAGGUCUCUUAUUUUUUGCACAGGAAAAACUUGACUCAAAAACUGCACAGAAAACAUUACAAGUCAGAGGUGGUUAAAAAUAAUGUGAUACUGUAACACUAACAGGUAAAAUAUUUUGCAUGUUUGCAAAUAAUAUAGAAACCACAAAGCACAUGUUUCUAGUUCACUUUUUACAAUUGUAAAAAUAUAGACAUUCAGUUACUUCUGGGAAAGAAAUAUGAAAAAACACUGCAGAUACACAACUAGCAUCUUUGUCAGAUACUACUGUGUUAUGUUACAAGCUAUUUUAAAAGUGUAAAAAGUGUAAUUUACUAAGCCUCUAUAUUUUGUGUUAGUGUAAUAAAUAAAGGAUAUCAAAAAUGCACUUUUUAAAAA